CUCACCCCUGAUAGCGUGGCGUGCAGGGGAUGUCCCGGCACCACAGGGCUGUGAGGUUCAGACACGUGUCUCUGGUUGUUCCCCCAGGACCCAAGCUGAACAUCCUGCUCGUGGGCAAAACUGGAAGUGGGAAGAGUGCAACAGGGAACACCAUCCUUGGGAAGAAAGCAUUUGAAUCUAUGGUGUCACCAGAUUCAGUGACCAAGAGCUACAGUUCAGACACUGCCUCAUUCCGUGGAAGAGAAAUUGCCGUUAUCGACACUCCUGGCCUUUUUGACACCCAGAGAGCCAAUAAGGAAACAGCCGAACUGAUUGGAAAUGCUCUUCGUCACUUCUAUGGAGGGGUGCAUGCUAUCAUCCUGGUGAUGCAACUGGCCCACAUCAGUAAAGAAGAGGUGGAAGUGGCUGAGUGGGUGACAAAGAUUUUCCAUACUGAAGCACAGAAGUACACGAUCCUGUUAUUCACCCGAGCAGAAGAACUUGGGAGUCCAGAUGAUAUCCGCGAUUUCGUGGAAAUAAAGCACGUACCCUCAGUGGGAUGGGCAGAAAAAUGUGAAAAUAGGUACAUUGCUUUCAGCAACAUAGCAGCAGAGCAGACAAGGAAACAGCAGGUUGCAGACCUCAUUAAAAUGAUUGAUGCGAUGGUAGAGAAGAACAAAGAUGCUCCGUGUUACACGCGAGAAAUGCUGGAGAAAGACACACGGACAGCUUUUGAAAAGUAUUGUACCAUACUCUAGCCAACAAGGCUUUGGUCAGACGGGUGAUGAUUCCUCUCUUGUGCCUUUCCUGCCACGCUCUGAAGAUCACUCUCUCCUUCCUCUCUUGAUGUUUCCUCCUGUCCCGUCAGUGACCUACCUUUUCCCCUGGCCCGUGCCAUUGCUCUCCUGACAGGCUGCGAGAGUGCAAAGGGUGUCUGGUGACAAGUAAUUACAGAAUCACAGAAUCACAGAAUUUCUAGGUUGGAAGAGACCUCAAGAUCAUCGAGUCCAACCUCUGACCUAACACUAACAGUCCCCACUA